ACACGUGUGUGCAUCAAUAACAAUACCCGGCUAUCAACAAUAAAAAACAACUCGUUUAAUUUGUUUAUUAAUACAUUAUCAAUAGAAAUUUAAAAAAAUAACAUCAUAAUGCAAAGAAACAUGAAUGACACUACAAAAAUAAAAAAAGAAAUUAACAUUAAAAUGGAAAACACAAAUGAUCAAAAUUCUGGCAACAAUAAAAUUCCAAAUGUUGUAAUAAAAAUUGAAGGAAAUAAAAAACCUCAACCAGUUAAUAAAUUAAACACAAUUGAUAAUAAAAAACAGGAGGUUAGAGAUAGAAGAUUAUCAAAUAAUAAUCAACAAAUAAAUAAUAAUAAACAGCCAGAAAUGACAAAUCAAAUGUCAUCACAAAUGACAAGUAGUUAUCCUGGUUGUAUCGAGGCAAUGAGACAGGCACGUGCUAAAAAGAAUUCUCACAUUGAUCCAUCAUUUGAAAUAUUAUUUUCAUAUUUACCUGACUCAGUUAUUAAACAGCAUGAUUUGAUUCUUGAUCAAUGGUGGAAUUAUUGUUCAUUAAAAUCCAAGGAUCCACUUGAUACUGAUUUGCUAAUAAUCAUUGAUUUUCUUGAUGAAAAAUCAAAACUUGGUUCAACACCAGAUGAUUUAAAAUCAAUAGCAUCAACAGUAUGCUUAAUUGCAUCUGACGAGCUACGAAGAAAAAUAUAUUUAACUGGUUUUUUAUGUUCAGCAUUUGAUAAACGUUCAUCUGCUAGUACAUGUGAAAAUACCUCAAAAUUAUCAACAUCAUCAUCAUCAUCUCUAUUACAAGAUAAAUCACCUACUGUUAAAUUAAAAAAUUCAACUACUGAUAAACAACAAAAUGACAAUUUAAAUAAAUCAACAACGCAAAAUGAUAAUGACAUAUUAAUAACACUUGAUGAUUCAGAUGCUGAAACACCAUCAAUAUCACCAAAAAAAACAACAAACUCAACAGAUAUAUUAAGUGAUAAUAGUCAAAUUAAUUUUCGAGGUAAUUAUGCAUAUUUACAAAAAGCAAUUGAUAAUCCACACACAACAAUUGUACAAAAACAAGUUAAUGGUAAUACUGUUGAAAUGUUAGUUGUACAAAAAAAUGGUGAACAAAAGUUAAUGACAUUAAGUUUACCAAAUGAAGAAUGUACUGUUGAUAAUUUACUUGAACAAGCUGGUAUACCUGUUAAUGACACAACAACAGUAUCAUUUGUUGAAGAUCCAUUAUUAAAAAUUAAUUAUAUUGUUGAAACAGACACAAUUGUUGAUACAAUUGAUACAAAUUAUUCAAGUGAUAAAUCAUCACAAGAUAAUAAUAUUGUUAUUGAAAAUAAUGAUAAUACAAUAAACACAACAACAUCAAAUAUUGAACAAGAAAAAAAAAGUGAUGGUAAACUUGCAAUAUGUAAUAUUUGUGGAUUAUCAUCAAGAAAUUUUAAUAAUUGUUAUCGUUGUAAAAGAAAUAAUAAUAGAAAAGAUUCAAUAUCAUCACAGAGCUCAACACAACAACAACAACAACAACAACGUAGAAAUUCAUCAUCAAUUGAUGUAAAUAAUAAGACUAAUGAUAAUGAUGAUGAUUGUAAUAGUGAAAAAAUAGUUGAAGAUAAUAGAAAACGUAAACGUUCUGAACCAGAAACAGUUGUUAAUAAAAAAAGAAAAACCAAAUCUAAAGUUUCAAAAAAAGCAAGACUUGAAGCAUUAAAAUUACGUAAAAUUGAAAAGAAAAAAAAGUUAGAAGAAUCAAUGACAUCAUGUAAUGAAGAAUCACAUGAUAAAUCAAUGACAGAUGCAUCAGAAUUAAAUGAUACAACAACAAAUGAUGAAGCACCAUUAUCAAUGCAUUUUCCAUGUCAUUCAGUAAGCAUUGGAUCAUACAAAUAUAUUGCAGAUAAACAAGUAUCUUUAAGUCAAUCUGGUUUACAUUUAUCAAUUCCAUUACUUCAUAAUAAUAGUACACAUACUAAAAUUUGUAUUGAUAUAAAAGAUAUAACUAAAGUUAAAUUACACACAAGAAGAGAAAUUCCAGCAUUAUUUUUUUAUACAAAUACUAAAAUUGGUAAUAAAAUUAGAAAUUCAUUAGGUAUGACAGAUAAAAAUGGAUCAUAUUAUGAUCCUGAUAGUAAUGAUGAAUCACAAAAAUUAAUAACACUACUACCUACAAAUAUAACAAGACAUAAAAAAAAAGUGUUACAAAAUUUAUUUGGACCAAAUAAUUUACUUGAAACAUUACCAACAAAACAAGCUAAAGAUCUUUUAAUGGAAAUAACACCAAAAGGUGUAUUAAUUUAAAUUUUUAAACAAUAAUAAAAAAAUUAAUUUUAUCAAAAUUAAAUGGACUUUUUUCUUUUACUGGAUUUUGAUUCUUUUAUUACAUGAUAAUUUUUAUAAUUAAAAUGACAAUUUGCAACUAAUUAGUUUUUUUAUUUUUUUUUAUUAAAUAUAUUAAUUGUCAAUGAAUUUGAAUAAUAUUGUUGUAAAAAAAUUUGUUUAAUUUGUAAAAUAAAUAACAUAAAAAAAAAAAAAAAA